AUCAGUCUUCACCCGUCCAGUCAACCUAUCGUAUUAUACUAUUAUCAUCGACAGCGAUAAACUCAAAAUCAAAAUGAGCAUCAAAAUGUCUUUGUUCGCCAUCGUCGCCUGCUGCCUGGUCGCCAUUUCCGUCGCCGCCCCGUCCGGCUUGGCUCCCGCGCCACUAGUGGCCGCCGCACCGGUCGUGGCCGCACCCGUCCAACCUGUGGUCACCGCAUACAGUUCGCAGUACGUGGCCAGGAACUACAACGGCAUCGCAGUCGCGCCCGCCGUCGUUCCGUCCGCGGCCGUCGUCGGAUACCCAGCGCCCGCACCCAUCUACGCACCCGCCGCAUACGCCUACCCGAGUCCACUGGUCCAAGACUACUUGUUCUAAACUUCCAGCGACGGUCGACAGUUUAGCGCAAGGCAAACAGUCGUAACAUUCUCAUGCGCCGAAGUCCCUUCGUCACUAUCUUCACUCGUUCUUCAUCUCGCACUCAUCUAUACCUAAGCAUAUGUCAUAUUAUCAAAUAAUAUCUAUUAUAACAAUAACGUUUGUGUGAUUAAUAUACUGUCAUGUUUGUUUUGACGACUGCUGUACGAUUUUUAAAAUAUAAAUAAACCAAAAAACGUUUACUCUCAACAAA